GUCACCGGAGGCACAAAACUAGCGAAGCAGGCCAGAUGGGGAUAAAACAAAGUGAACUAUUUCUCAGAAGGGAAUUUUCCCCGGAAGACCCUCCACCAGGAGUCACCGCUCGUCGGGUCUCCGCCCCCUCUUUCUCCGCUCCCCCGAAUCAGAACUCCGACCUCCGACCUCCGGAGUCGCGCUCGGCGACGGCGCUGCCCUGCCACCUCGAGCAAGCAAGAGAGAUGUCUCUAAUCCGAAUAGCUUUUUCUUUGGUCCUCCUCCUCGCCGCGGCGGAGUCCGUGGCGGCGACGCGCUCACCGUCGGCCUUCGUGCAGAACGCCAUCUACUCCAACCGCAUCACCAUCUUCUCCAAAUCGUACUGCCCGUACUGUAUGCGUGCUAAGCGAAUAUUUAAAGACCUCAAUGAAGAUCCUUACGUUGUUGAACUUGAUCUCCGAGAGGAUGGCCGAGAAAUUCAAGGUGUUCUUCUAGACCUAGUUGGGCGCAAUACUGUGCCACAGGUGUUUGUGUAUGGCCACCACGUUGGUGGCUCAGAUGAUACAAAAACUGCUCUUUCAGACGGACAACUUCAGAAACUUCUUGGUAAGAGUCAGUCGCAGUGAUGAUCACUGCCGAAGCUUGGUAUUGUCCAAAGCUUGUGAAAUGUCUAACAUGCGGUGUUCCUUAUGGGAGGAAUGGAACCUUACACUCUUUAGGAAUAUGAACAGAGUGUUGCAGCUCAUGCCAGGAUUUUUUUUUGAGUGCAAGUGUUGUGACAAAAAUCCAUGUGCUGGAUUGUAUGAUAUUCUCAAGUACAUAUACUUUUAUCUGCUGUGCCUGAUUUUAUUACUGUUUGUGUUCAUAAGUACUCUACUUCCUCUUCCAUUCUGUAUCAUAUGACUUGGUUUCAGCCUUCAUAUUAUGGAAAUUUUAUUGGAAUAUCAUUGCAAACGAA